AUUAUACUUUUGUGCCCACAGAGAUGAAUCAGUAGAGGGCAGGAUAUUAAAAAAAAAGUAAAAUUGUUAGGUGAUUUCACUGUGCAUUAGAGUUCAUUUAGGAGCCCUGUGUCACAGAGGAGAGGAUUGCUGGGUGAUUCAGAAACAAACAGUAAAAGCAACAGACAGUUUUGAUAGACAACACAGGAAGACUGUAGUAUGAUGAGUGGAAAAUGACAGAAUAAAACUAUGAGAUAGUAGAAAACCACAAUGCCAGAUUUUAUUCUCAGCUAAGAAUCACAAUUACAAGAUAAAGGAACUGCAAGUUAUCUGUACAAAAGUGCCAGGCAGUCCCAUGAUGAUGCUCAUCUCAGCAGAGUCUGAAUGUUUUGGCAGCAUCUAGUGUCACCCAGACCUCUGUGCACUCAGUGUGACAACAGCAGAACCAGCAUGGUCUUGCAGCAGACCUGGACACUCCUGUCACUCACAGCUACCAUUUGUUCUAUAGGCCAUGUGUGGGCAGAGGGAAAAGAAGAUGAGCCAGAAAUAAAAUAUGCAGUAAUCGGAGCUUGUGUCGGGGCAAUAUUAGCAGUUUCUUUUAUUGCUCUUAAACUGUACAUGAUAAAGAAACACAUGCUGGACAAUAACUUUGCAGAUUCUGAGUCAUUUAACAGACGAGCAGAAAUGGACAUGAGGAGACAUUAGCAUCCUGACAGUGAGAAAAGAUGAUGGAUAAGGAGAGAACUUCACUGAAUAUUGGACAUUGCAAUUUCCACUAUAGACAUGGAUCAGCUUCUAGGUGUCUUAUCGAGAAAUGGAUAGUGGUAUCCAGUGGUACCCAGUGCUUAGUAUGGUUAAAACAUUUUUAUGAGUAAGAAGCUUAAUCCUACGUAGUGGCCUCACCAACUUUACCAGCUUCAAUGUUAUUCCAUGAAAAUGAGUUCCAAAAAUAUAGAAAGUUGGGUGAGGUUUAGUAAAUCAUCUGCAAAAAAAAAUAUACAUAGGAACUAUUAAAACCAAUGUGACUUGAUAAAUUUCAAUUGCAUUCCAUCCCACAAGUAACCUUAACCUAAACUGUUCUCUAACACAAAUUAAUUUCAUAGAUUCUGCAAAUAAUAAUUUAACUAUUUUUAUAAUACACAUAAGUAAGCAAUCAGAAGCACAACUAAUAAAUAUUAAUACAGAUCAACAAAUAUUUGUAGAAGUUACAGUCAGGCCAUUAGGAAAUGUAAUCAUCCACAGAUCCUAAGAGCAAACCAAUAAUGAUAGAAGAAAUGUAUUUAAAUAUAAAGGACUUUAAAAGGCAGUCUUUACCAUCCUUAGUUCCCAUAAAAAAAUUAAAAUACAAUCACAAUAAAAUAAGCAUUUGAUAUUGUGUUAUAGAAAAAAAAGUAACCAAAAUAUUAGCUAUAUUUUGAGGCAUAAUGGUCUUUGGAUAUUGUAUUUGAACACAGAUAAAUCCUCUCUGUAAGGAACUUCCUACCACAUUAUUGUCAACAAUACUAAAAUGUUUAUAAACUCUAGCAGGAGAGUUGUUAAGGAAUUAUACAUUCACAACGUUUGGUAAUACAAAGGACCACCACAUACAAUUGCUAAAAUGGGAAGAACAUAAAAGAUAAAAGUGUUAUGGUUUUAAUUGGGAACAUUUAGAGAUACCAUCAGAGUAAAAUAGGGGGAAAAUAAAUUAUUGCAAAUGUUUGGGAAGCUAAUCACUAACUUAAACCUUGAUACAUAAUUAUUAUCUUUUUGUUAUAUUAUGUAUGUAAAAUGUUGAUCAACACUAUACUAAAGUUUUCAUAGUUACGUGUUAAAUUGAUAAAAAAAUAUUUCACAGAUAAAGAGUAAAGGGUCCAUCAUCUAGAAUAUAUAGCGCCUUUACCAACACAGUAGAUUAUCUUUUAAAUUUGUAUACUAAAGAUAAUGAGGAGUAGUUGAGACAAAAGUAAAGUAGAAAAUGUGAGAGGCUGGAACAACGUGGCAGUGGACAUGUUGAAGGUAAAAGACAUAUCUAGAUAAAUAAGUGAGAUUAGACCUAAAGGCCAGUUAACAAGCACAGAAGAUCAUUGGAAGACCAAUUGGGACAGAACAUAAUGGUUAUAGAAUUGUACAGGGCUAUGUGUAAGAAGACUACAGUAGAAAUCAAUAUUAGGACUUAGAGAGUAAAGUACAUUAGUUUAGUAAACAAUAACAUUUUGUUUGCUCUAUUGGCUGUUUGUAUAAUUCUAAACUCAAGUACUUCUAACUUUUAAUUGAAUUUCAGUUUGUAGGACUCAAUUAAUCAUCUGAGAAUAGCCCUUUUGAUUAUUACCGGAUCACUUAAUACAUAUGGCUGAUUGUGGAAGGAAUUAAUUACCAGUGCAAAUUAUUUAGGUUGAUCAUGAAAGAAAAGCUAAGAUCCAAGAUUAUUAACUAAACAUCCAGUGAGCUGUGACCUUUUUCAUAUAAGACCCUGAGAUUCAUGAUAUUUUACAUAUACAAGUCCGCUGCCUUGGAGUUACACUUGACUCCAAUCUGUCCUUCAUACCCCACAUCCAAUCGCUCUCUUCAUCCUGUCGCAACCACCUACGCAAUAUCUCCAAAAUCCGUCCUUUUCUGAGCGCUGAAACUACUAAACAGCUAAUCCAUUCCCUUGUAAUCUCCCGACUUGACUACUGUAAUAACCUACUAACUGGCCUCCUUCUCUCCCACCUCUCCCCUCUUCAAUCCAUCCUAAAUGCCUCUGCUAGGCUAAUCCACCUCUCCCGACGCUCUGUAUCUGCCGCACCCCUCUGUGAGUCCCUUCACUGGCUCCCCAUUCACAGCAGAAUUAAAUUCAAAAUUCUCACUUUGACCUACAAAGCCCUUACCAAUGCAGCCCCCCCAUACCUGUCCUCACUCAUCAACAAAUAUACUCCAGCCCGUCCCCUAAGAUCCAACAACGAUCUACUCCUUGCCUCUUCUACCAUCACCUCCUCUCAUGCUAGACUACAGGACUUCUCUCGUGCGGCACCAACCCUCUGGAACGCACUUCCUCGUGCUGUCAGACUUUCCCCCAACCUCUCCUCCUUUAAACGCUCCCUAAAGACCUUCUUGUUCAGGGAAGCCUAUAACCAAAUCAGUAACUAAUGAAUUCCACUUGCCUAAUAGUUGCCCUCAUCUAACUUCACACUAACAUCACUCCCACCUUUGCAGUCCCCACCUCCUGUUUCUCACCCUCCUACCCAUUUAGAUUGUAAGUUCCCACGGGAACAGGGCUCCCAAUUCCUCCUGUAUUUGUUUGUUAAAUUUUGUCUGGUGUCUCAUAUUGUACUGUCCUUUUAUCUUUGUUACCUAUGAACAGCGCUGCGGAAUCUGUUGGCGCUUUAUAAAUAAAGAAUAAUAAUAAUAAUAAUAAUAUACGGUACAUGGUUGGAUGCCUUGCCAGCUAAAGAAACUAUCUGUACUAAAUGGUUUUAAGUAACUGAACACAGAUAUAAAACACUGUAUUUUAUGUAAAACAUUAUUCCAUUUAAUAUUUUUUUAUUUUGCAUGUUUGUUAAGUCUAUACAGCCACCACAUUUGUUAAUUUGUCUUGGUACCUCCCAAUGAUGAACAUUAUUUUGUUAGUUUGGAAAUUCCACUGUUGCUUUUAUUAUAAAAUAAUUAUUAGUUUCUGGUCUGUGCAAUGGUAUUUUAGCAUUCUUUGGGGUAAAUUGGGAAUAAAGAAUUUCAAAUCGA